AUGUCCUUGUUCCGGGGCCGUGAACAGCGGCUACCGAUAUACGAGCGAACUGGCUCACCUGUCAAGGAGCGGAGCUCGAACGAUGACGACGAUUAUUCCGUCUCCGACGUCGAUGGUGAGCCCUUCACAAACCGCUCUGGUAACACAUCAAGGAGCGUCUCGGGCUCACUAGCCAGCGCAGCCCCCAUGCUCAACACCGACCGCCCCCGGAAUCUCAAGCGUGUCGCCGGUGUUUACCCCUAUCGACUGCCCACAAAGGUUACCCGACACCUGUGCCUCGGGGUCGCCUUCAUACUGUUGCUCCUGAUUGCUAGUCUCAUCCGCGCAAGUCAGGUCGACAACUGGAAGGUUGCCAACGGCAAGAGCGACUCCCGUCCCGGACCGGCACACAUAUGGGAGCGAUUCCCCUUCCUGGAACGAUACUAUGGCGGAAUCUACACCCUCGUUCCCCUCAAGGAGAGCAACCCCGAGUACCCAUCCCCGACCGAGGGAACACGCAAGGACUCGCCACUCCGCCGCGUUGGCGAGGAGGACACGGACGAGCAGGACGAGGGCAAGGAGCCCCUAGAGACUCGCAGUGCCGAGCCCCCCACCAGCCACCCCUGGGCUGACUAUGCUGGUAGGGCUCGGGAGGGGUCUGAGAUCAAGGAGUGCUUCCUCGACGCCAAGGGCAAGGUCCGGGUUCCCUCGGUGAGGUACCACGAGGGUCGCCCCUAUGGAUUUCCUCGCAAUGUUGUCGGCUCCUACGAAAUCUUCGACUUCCCUGAAGAUAUUUGCUUUGACCGCUUCGGCCGCUACGGCCCCUACGGAUUCGGCUACUCGCUCAGCCGGGGUGGUCUGGGCACCGGCGAGAAUGGCGAGAAUGCCGGCUCUGCGGCCGUCUGGGAGGAUGUCCCGCGUGUCGACUUCCGCGGUAUCGACUGGGCCGACCUCCAACGCCGCUGCUACCGGGCCAACGCAGAUCGCUUCGACUCGCCACCCGCCAAGAAGGCGCAGCACGGUUUCUUCAUCCACGACUCCGAAUCCUCGAGCAUCAAGCGGGCUGUGGACGAGACUGGGAAGCACCCCACCAUCAGCGACGAUGAUAGGACAGAGAUCAAGACAACGGCCGAGGACGAGACCGAGACAUCCACGACCAAGGAUGAUGGCAGGACCGGGGACAAGCCUGCAACUGAGGACAAUGUUGAGACACCUGUGCCGAACAAGUCCAAGGGUGCCAGUGUCAGUGACAGUGCCGGUGCUAGCCCGGCCGAGGUUGAGAAGACCCCCCGUACUGCCAUUGUGAUACGUGCCUGGGACGAGUUCCAUUUCCAGCCCGAUGACGUUGCUUCUCUCCGAGCCAUGAUUACCGAACUGUCGCUCGCCUCAGGUGGUCGCUACGACAUCCACCUUCUCGUUCAGGUUAAGAAUGAUGCUGCGUUCCCCAUCUGGGCUGAAGACGAGGCGUACGAGAGGCGAAUUAAUGAGACCAUCCCCGAGGAGUUCCGUGGCUUGGUGACGCUCUGGACCGAGACCCAGAUGCUCGCGCUCUACCAGGGAAUCUACGAUCUGUUCGCCCGUGGCCCCAGCCUGCCCGUGCACGGAGUCUACCGUGGCCUUACCAUGGCCAUGCAGCACUUUGCCUACAUGCACCCGGAGUACGACUACUUUUGGCAGUGGGAGAUGGACGUUCGCUACACGGGCCAUUACCACGACUUGUUCACCAAGCUCGAGAGCUGGGCCAAGGCUCAGCCGCGCAAGGGUCUCUGGGAGCGCAACGGUCGCUUCUACUUCCCCGAGGUGCACGGCACGUGGGAGGACUUUUCGCAGAUGGCGCGAAUCCAAAACGAGAUGGGCACCAUCAACGCCGACAACGUGUGGGACAGCGCACCUGGCAUCAAGCCGGAUCCGAACUCUGUGGGCAAGAAGCGCAAGAGCAUCUGGGGCCCCGUCCGCCCCGCCGACACCGACGACUGGUUCGAGCCGGGCAACGACCCCAUCCCGCCGCGCGGAGGACCUGAAAAGGACAAGUCUGAAUGGGGCGUCGGUGAGGAGGCCGACUACAUCUCACUGAACCCCAUGUUCGACCCGGAGGGCACGACUUGGGGCCUCAGAGAUGACAUCACGGGCUACAACAAGACGAAUGGCGGCCCUCCUCGCCGCGCCAACAUCAUUACGACGUCUCGCAUGUCGCGGCGUCUGUUGAUGACGAUGCAUCGCAUGACGGCCUACAAGAAGCAGUUUGCCUUUCCCGAGAUGUGGCCAGCCACGGUGGCCCUGCAGCACGGGUACAAGGCCGUCUUCGCCCCGCACCCGCUGUACGUGGACCGCAAGUGGCCCGUCGACUUCAUGUCCCAGACGUUCAACGGCGGGCGCGACGGGUCGGUCGGCGGCGCGCGCACCAGCGUGUUUGGCGACCGCGAGCACAACCUCCUGGGCCUGUCGUGGUUCUACAACGCCGGCUUCGGCCCCAACCUUUACAGGCGCUGGCUGGGCCUGCGCGUCAACAACGACGGCGGCGAGGAGUUUGAGAAGAUACCCGACAAGACCAAGCUGGGCGGAUCGCCGAGCGACAUGGCUGGCGGUGAGGGCCGCAUGUGCCUUCCCCCCAUGCUCCUCCACCCAGUAAAGGAGGUUGAGCUGCCCGUCGAGGAACCGGAUCCCGAGAACGAUGAGCAGGAGGGCGGCAAGAAGAAGAAGAAGCCCGAGUUUGAUGCUGCGUCGUAA